AUGAGCCGACAACGUGAGGCCGAAAAGGCCUUGCAUGACCAGACAAACAUCCUCCCGUUUGGGCAGCUCAUGGUUGUCUUCACUGGCCUCGCAACCUCCCUCGUGAUUCAAUUCGUUGAUCAAAACGGCAUUAGUGUGACAUUACCCACGGUUGCUCGGGAUCUCGGUGCUCAGAAUACAAUUUCCUGGGCUGGAACCUCGUCCUUGAUUGCCAAUACCAUGUUUACAGUGCUCUAUGGCCGACUCUCAGAUAUCUUUGGCCGGAAGGUCGUGUAUCUGUCUGCAUUGGUCUUGUUGUGCAUCGCGGAUCUCCUCUGUGGUCUAUCACAGAGCCCCGCUAUGUUCUAUGUGUUCCGAGGUCUUGCUGGUGUAGCCGGUGGUGGCGUUGGAUCCCUAACUAUGAUCAUUGUCUCCGACGUGGUGACUCUCGAACAACGUGGGAAGUACCAAGGUAUACUGGGUGCAUCCCUUGGUCUUGGCAAUAUCAUCGGACCCUUCAUUGCUGCAGCGUUUAUCAUGCGCUCAACGUGGCGGGGGUUUUUCUGGUUGAUCUCGCCUCUGGCUGCGUUAUCUGCUGUGGUUGGAUAUUUCCUGAUUCCGAAUACGGCACAAACGGAUAGCUUUCGCAAGAAUCUGCGCCGAAUCGACUGGUUCGGCGUGCUAGCGUCGUCAAUUGGCAUCAUUUUCAUUCUGAUUCCUGUCUCCGGAGGCGGAUCAUAUUUCCCCUGGGAUUCCCCUAUGGUGAUUAGUAUGCUUGUAAUUGGAAGCCUUUCAUUCGUUGCUUUCAUUUUCAUUGAAUGGAAAGUGGCUUCACUUCCAAUGCUGCCAAUUGUCUUUUUCAAGAAUAGAGUGAUGGUCGCCCUUUUCUUGCAGAGUUUCCUCCUCGGUGCAGUUUAUCAGGCCUAUCUCUACUACCUGCCUCUUUACUACCAGAAUGCGCGUGGCUGGUCCCCGGUUGCGUCUGCAGCAUUGACAGCUCCGAUGGUGACUUGUCAGUCGAUCGCUUCUAUUUGCUCCGGACAGUAUAUUUCUCGGCUUAAACGGUAUGGAGAAAUCAUUUGGCUGGGAUUCGCUUUUUGGACCUUGGGCGCUGGUUUGAUGCUGCUCUUUGACCAGAACACCCAUCCAGCCGUCAUUGCAGUCUGUGUCGGCAUUUCCGGCAUUGGAGUUGGUUUCACGUUCCAGCCGACCCUUGUUGCUUUACAGGCACAUUGCACCAAGUCACAGCGUGCGGUGUCCAUCUCAAACCGCAACUUCUUCCGCUGCAUGGGUGGCGCAUGCGGCCUCGCCAUCUCCGCUGCUAUCUUGCAAGCCGCUUUGCGCUCGCACCUCCCAUCCGAGUUCUCCUACCUGACGCAUUCCGCAUACUCUCUUCCAUCACACUCAAGCAUGACUGACGCUCAGUGGGAAUCCAUCCUCCUUGCGUAUACCAAGGCGUCUCAUGCGGUUUUUAUACUGCAGGUUCCUCUCAUUGGACUUUGUUUCAUCGCAUGUGUCUUCAUGUAUGCGCCUGGCCACAGUCCUGACUCCUCCAGGCAGACCAGUCCUGCCUCCAGAGAAUAUAACCCCCGAAAGCGUGGGAGGACGGCAUGCACUCGGUGCAAGACGAGAAAACAGAAGUGCGACAAUGAAUACUCAACUUGCUCCAACUGCCUGAAGGCGGGGGUCACGUGCGACAAGUCGAGUGUGCGUCAGGAUGCUGAUCGCCAGAACGACUACACGCAUGCUCUGGAAGAGCGGGUUGCGUUCCUCGAGGAAAAGCUCGGACAAUCCGAAUCAGCCGCGGGCCAACAUGCAGGACCUAACGUUGCACAAUCGAUGUGGUUUCCUCAAGGGGGACACGCAACCUCGCAGACAUCAAACUCUGGUCUAGACAACAACCCAGUUGGCGAAAUUGUUGGUCUACUUGCCCUUAGCUCCUCCGAAGCUCCUGCCUAUGUCGGCUCGAGCUCUGGCCUAGCUUUGGCUGCGAAUCUCGGGGAAAUGGUGCAGACCAGUGUCUGGAACCAAUUUAUCUCCAGAAUGCAACCACAGCCGAAUACAGGCUCCAGCACUGCGCCUCAGAGUCUAACAUCUUUCCUACCAGGAAAUCCACAACAGACCGGAGGUGGCUGCAGAAAUCGUGCUAACGUGGACCCCCCAACAGAUGAGAUGGGUUCCAAGAUUCUUGAAACUUAUUUUAAAAAACUUCAUUCACGGUAUCCAUUCUUGGAUCGGAGUCAGAUAUGGAGGCUUCACGAGGAGCGGUGGCAAUUAGCGAAGAUGAAGCGCGAAGAGCUCACACGAGCUGAUCGAUUUGCCAUUUUUAAGCUCAACAUUGUCUAUGCAAUCGGUGCCACAAUGCUGCAGCUGAGUGAAAAGUACGCAUAUACUGAUCCCAAGCAAUUCUACACGACUGCACUACAGUAUGUACCCACUAUGUGUGAAGCGCGGUCGAUUGAAAAUAUAGAGGCAAUGGUCCUCCUUGUGGUAUAUCAUAUUCGCACCGCGUCGAGCCAUGGAAUGUGGUACAUGAUUGGACUCGCAAUGCGCACAGCCAUCGAUCUCGGUCUCCACAGCAGGGCCAAUGAAAUUAAUUUGGAUCCGUUCACUACUCAAAUGCGACGGCGUCUCUUUUGGGUAGUAUAUUACCUGGAACGAGUUGUCUCAAUGUCUCUUGGCCGUCCAUUCAGUAUCUCUGAUCGUCAAAUCGAUCUCGACCUGCCACUUGACGUGGACGACGAUGUGCACGACCCUGCACUCAUCACGGCACCACAAGACCCGACUAAAACAACCAACAUGACAUUCGCUAUCUACCUCUUCAAACUACGCCGCAUUGACUCGCGUAUCCAACAUAAGAUCUACCGUGCCGACCGACCUUUAUCCUCACUGCGGCCGAAGAUGGACUCUUUGUACCUCGAACUCGAACAGUGGAAAGAAUCGGCUGCUCAUCGAUUUAGUGGCUCGGACUUGGACUAUCCAAUGCUUCAUUAUAAUCGCGCUGUGCGACUGUUGAUCCAGCCAUUCCUGCCUCUUCUUCCGUUUACAGAUCCUUACUAUCACAUUUGUCUCCAAGCUGCAGGCGAGAUUUGCCAAUCGCAUAAACGGCUACAUCAAACCCUCGAGUAUGGCCAUUCCUUCCUGGCCGUGCAAACCGUCUUCAUGGCGGGAAUCACAUUGCUCUAUGCAUUAUGGACACAUACUGACCAGGUGUGGUCUGUUCGUAUAAGUAACGACAUUCGCGCCUGCUCAACCAUGCUAUUUGUCAUGGGCGAGAGAGCAGAAUGGGUCAAGAAGUAUCGUGAUGCAUUCGAGUUACUCGUCAAUGCAGCGAUGGAAAAGCUGCAGGGAAACGAGACUGCUCGUAACGCGGGCAUGGCGGAGCUCAUGACAGCUCAGCACAGCACAGCUUCGUUGAAUACCGUGAUGCCCGGCAUGUCGAGUGGCGAGAACUUUGCCCCAGCAAACCCAACUGGAUUAGCGCCUGAGGCCGCGGCGACUGGAGCUGCACCUCAAACAUAUCUUGCAGACGACAGUGACCAUGCAGUGAGAAUGGCUCUGCAGCUUGCACCUUGGAUUGACCAGGGUCAAAGUGAUCCCCUCUGGAUGCCGGACUUCGGGACCCUAGAGAGCUUGUCUGGGACGUUUUGGAGUGGUGCUGACACGACUCGUUUUGAUGCAUUGUAG